GUGAAGGCAAUACCUUAUUGCCCAGCUUUUUUAUUUGCUUUGAAUAUGUCAUUGUUCUUCAACGGACCUCACACAAAUCAAAUUUAUCACAAAUCGUAAGCAUGUAGAAUGGUUAUUUUGACCAUUCUACUCUUUCAGUCUAAUAACCUUGUCCUCGCAGAUAUCUAUCUGCCAAACUUCAAUGUCAUCAUUUCACGGAGACCACAUUCACACAAUACUCCUAACCCUGAACCAGCUGUCUGACGCAAACUCCAGUCUUAUUCACCGACCAUCAGGAACUUUACCGCCUCUACCCCGAAACCCCGGCGCCGUUCCGCCGUACACUGAGAGCAUAGCGACCUCGUCAGCGCCGCCGACCUCGGCUCGGCUCGGCCUGGGGCCGCUGCGGAGCCAGCCGCCGUUGGAAUCCCCACCUGACUGCACCGGCGGCUCUGCGCCGCUCCAGCGGGCUUCCCGAGCCUCGGCGCGACGCCCGAGGCCCGGCAGCCGGUUAUAGGAGAGGCCUCCGCCGCCCGGCACCCAGUCGUCACCAGGUGGUCGGAGUGAGCAGUCGUGGAAGUCACGUGUGAGAAUCUGAGGAGCCCGCUGGACAACGGCUCGUGGUUCAAGAUGACGUCAGGCUGUGUGAUGCGUCACCUGCUGUUGGCGACGGUCGUCGCCUCCGCGGCGUCACUGCCCUUCGGCAACAGCGGCGGUCAGUCGUCGUCACGAAUCACCUUCGUCGAGAACCGCUGGUCACCGGGAACCCACGGCAGCAGCAGGCGGCCGUCCAGCUCUCCUGGUGGCAGCGUUCAGUUCGGUCAGACGAGCGCCACCAGUAACCAGCACUCGACCGGCAACACUCAGACGAACCAGGGCGAGGCCAGUGCGGUGUCCGUCCAGCAACAGUCUGGUCUCGGUGGAGCUACCCAGACCACCAACAACCAGGCGGUCAUCAACGCCCUGCAGCAGGCGGCUGGCGGUGGUGCCGGCGGUGCCGGCUCGGGCGAGCAGAGCUCCAACAAUCAGGUGAACAUCAACUCGAGCCAGCUGCAGCAGAAUGUUGAGGGUACGCUGGUGAACGUCGACGCUGGAAACAAGGGAGUGGUGAUCGUUAACACCAACGACCCGGAGACGGGUAUCGUCACCGGCCAGAAGGUGGUCAACAACCGUCCGAUCGCGCAAGCUACUGCCGAGAGCAGCACGUGCCUCUAUACGUGUCGCCGCAGCACUGGCCAGCUGUACUGCUGCGAUUACGGAAAGAACCGCGGUGGACCCCCGGAGAUCCACGGCGGUCAGUGUCCCCCGGCCCGGCUCAUCUGUCCCAACGGAGACUUCUUCCGGAGGUGCGCGCACGACGGCCAGUGCGCCAGCAGCGACAAGUGCUGUUACGACGCCUGUGCCAACCACCACAUCUGCAAGCCGCCCGUCGUGGCGUGAGGCUCGCAAACAAGACGGCUUUACCAUCAAUAAAUAUUUCAAGAAAACAGAAAGGAAAGUUGCCUAUUUUUAUUUGAAUGAAAUGCUUUUCCAGUGAAACCAGCAACGCAGCAACUCGUGAAUAUUCACAUAAGUUUCAUUAUCAUGCCAACUUCGGAAUUUUUUCAUUUCGUGGCAUUCCAAGGUAGGCCGAAAUGUUUCCGUAUAAGGUUCACGUGCGCUCUGGCUGUUGUGUUGAUCGAGGUUCUACCUGUUUGCACAAAGUUUUCUCAUUAGAUGCUCUGUUGUUUGGCGACUGUCUGGCACUGUGAACCGUCUUGAGGCAGUGUGUGUCUGUAGUGUAAAGUGACAGAAAGAUGGUUCGCGAAGAUACAUAUUACGUACAUGGUCACGUUAAGAGUAUAUAUGUAGAACAACGCCACGCUCAGUGUUUGUGCUUACUGGACUUGGAUAUGGAAUUUUGAAUGUAUGGCUAAUAAAGUGUAUUUUAUAAACUGUG